AUGCUCGCGGCAAUUCCCGACCCGUACAAAGUCCUAGGAGUAGAUAGAGGUGCCUCCGCUGGCGACAUCAAGAAGGCCUACUAUGGAAUGGCAAAAAAGUACCAUCCCGAUACCAACAAAGAUCCCGGCGCCAAGGAGAAAUUUGCGGAGGCCCAGACGGCCUAUGAGCUGCUUUCGGACAAACAGAAACGUGAAACCUACGACCGAUACGGCUCCUCUGCCUUUGAUCCGAACGGCGGCUUUGACCCGAGCGCCGGCGCAGGACCCGGAGGCAAUCCUUUCGCUGGCGGAGGAGGCUUCCACGGAUUUGGUGGAUUCGGCGGUGGUUUCCCGGGCGGUUUUGCGGCGGAUAUCAAUAUUGAAGACCUUUUCGGGGCUUUCGCGGGCGGCGCCCGUCGCUCCGGUCGGGGCAAACGCGGCCCGUUCCAGGAGAUACUGGUUGGUGAGGAUAUUGAGGUUCAAACCAACAUCUCAUUCAUGGAAGCGGCCAAGGGUACCUCGCAGGACGUCGUUAUCACCCCGCUGAAAGAGUGUGGUACCUGUAAGGGUGACGGAUUGAAAGAGGGUGCGAAGCGCAGCCAGUGUCGUCAGUGCAAUGGCACCGGAACGCGCGUGCACAUGAUGCAGGGCGGCUUCCAGGUAGCUGCUACCUGUGACGCCUGUGGCGGAGCCGGUCUUAUUGUUCCUCGAGGCUCGCACUGCGGUACAUGCCAAGGAAACGGAGUGGUCCGUGACCGAAAGACCGUCAGAGUUGAUAUCCCCGGAGGUGUUGAGGAUGGCAUGCGGCUGAGGAUAUCUGGCGAGGGUGAUGCACCCCCUACGGGGACAGCCGCCGCACCUGGAGCUCGGACGCAGCGUGGAGAUCUUUAUGUGUCCAUCCGGGUUUCUCCCGACGAGCGCUUUAGUCGCUCUGGUUCCGAUAUCCUCUAUACGGCGUCGAUUCCGCUUACUACGGCGCUUCUUGGUGGUGAAGUUCAAAUCCCCACUCUGGAUGGGCAGGUCAAGGUCAAGGUGGCAACGGGAACUGGAACCGGUGACAGAAUCACACUUUCGGGAAUGGGCAUGAAGAAACUAAGCGGCCGGUCCCGCGGCUUCACUUCUAACGGCGAUCUGAAGGUCGAGUUCAAGGUUGCAAUGCCCAAGUACCUGACGGGUAACCAGCGUACCAUCCUUGAAGUUCUUGCCGACGAAAUGGGCGAUAAGACUGCCAGGCGGAUCAUGGAUAUUCCAAGGGACGGUGCUGCUUCGACAACCGAGGCAUCUUCCGGAGAUGCAAAAAAGGGCGAAGGGUUUCUCAAGUCCGCAUGGCACAAACUGAUGAACCAUAAGAAACCUGCUGAAUCGGAGAAAUCUAACGAGAAAUCCAGCAAAAAGGAUUCCGACUCCUCGGACGGCAAGAAGAGCGACUGA